AUGAACAGCACAGAUCAAACACAUGGCUCGACCGUUCAGUUCUGGUGCCGUGAUGGUUACCAGUUAAUUGGCGCAUCGAGAGCUAGUUGUGAUGAUGGGAAAUGGACAGAAACCUUAUCUCGGUGUUUGGCGAUUUGCAGGAGCAUUCUAUCAAUUGAAAGCGGUCAGGUAAUCGGAAAUGGAAACGUGGAAGGGGAUCAAGUGAGAUUUGUUUGUGAUCGGAACUACGUUCUAGUGGGCGAAGAAUUUUUAAGAUGUACAAACACUGGAAACUGGAGUGCUUCAAAACCAAUUUGUAAAGAGACGUGUUCUGAUCCGAAUGAAAAUACUAAUGCAAGAGUGAUAGGAGAUAAAUUCCAUGACGGAAAACAGGUAGAAUUCGUGUGCCCUCAAGACCAAAUUCUUGUUCCUGAAGCAUCGAGAAAAUUGACAUGUCAGCGUGGAGAAUGGAAUGGAGUAUUUCCAUCAUGUAAAGCAUCAUGUCCAUCACUGGGAAGAAUCAUUAACGGAGUAAAAAAUGGCACAGAUAAAACAUAUGGUUCAGUCGUCCAAUUUACGUGCCUUGAUGGUUAUAAGCUAAUUGGCGCAUCUGAAGCAAGAUGUGUUGAUGGAGAGUGGACAGAAACUUUACCGCAGUGUUUAGGAACUUGUUCUGAUCCGAAUGAAAGUACGAAUGCAAGGGUGACGGAAAAUGAAUUCUAUAACGGAAAGCAGGUAGAAUUCGUGUGCCCUCAAGACCAUAUUCUUGUUCCUGAAGCAUCGAGAAAAUUGACAUGUCAGCGUGGAAAAUGGAAUGGAGUAUUCCCAACAUGUAAAGCAUCAUGCCCAUCACUGGGAAGAAUCGUUAACGGAGUAAUAAGUGGUACAGAUAAAACACAUGGUUCAGCCGUGCAAUUUGCGUGCCUUGAUGGUUAUGAGCUGAUUGGCGCAUCUAAAGCAAGAUGUGUUGAUGGAGGGUGGACCGAGAAUUUACCGCAGUGCUUAGCGAUUUGCGGGAGAAUUUUGUCAUUUGAAAAUGGUCUGGUAAUCGGAGGUGGAAACCUUGAAGGGGAUCAAAUAAGAUUUGCUUGUGAUGAAACUUACGUCCUUGUAGGCGAGGAAAUUUUAAAAUGUACAAGUAGUGGAACCUGGAAUGCCUCUGAACCGAUCUGUGAAGAAACGUGCUCAGAUCCGAACGAAGAAACUAACGCGAGAGUGGUAGGAACCGAAUUCUUCGAUGGGAAAGAGGUAGAAUUUGUUUGUCCUCCUGACGUUAGUCUUGUUCCUGAAGCAUCACGAAAAUUGACAUGUGAAAAUGGAGUGUGGAAUGGAGAAAUUCCAACAUGUAGAACAUCGUGUGAGGAGUUAUUAUUGCCUAAUGGUCUAAUACAAGGCGAUCGUGAACACGGGUUUUCAGUACAGUUCAUAUGCAACGGUGGUUAUCAGCUAAUUGGCGCAUCAACAGCUACAUGCAAUAAUGGAAGGUGGUCAGAAGAAAUUCCCAGCUGCUUAGCUACAUGCAGUAAAAUUUCAAGUAUUGCCAAUGGACGCGUGAUUGGAAAGGGGACGGUUGAAGGAGAUGAAAUAGCAUUCGUUUGUGAUCCAAACUUUAUAAUAGUUGGGGAGAAAGUUUUAAAGUGUACAAACGCUGGAAGCUGGAAUGCUUCAUAUCCCAAGUGCGAAAGAUCAUGCCCUGAUCCCUCAAAAGAUACAAAUGCAAAAGUGAUUGGUAGCCGAUUUUACAACGGAGAAGAAGUAGAAUUUGAAUGUCCAGUGGACGGAGUUUUAACUCCAGAAAAAUCUCGCAAAUUGACUUGUAAAAGAGGAAGUUGGAGCGGAAUAAUUCCAUCGUGUAAAGCAUCAUGCCCACCACUGAAGAGAAUACCGACAAAUGGUUAUGCGAAUAAUACUGAAAGUCGAUCACAUGGUUCAUCAAUUCAGUUCGGAUGCAAUAACGGCUAUAAACUGAUCGGUCCAGCUAGUAUAAACUGUUAUGAAGGAAAAUGGUCAAACAUGCCACCAAAGUGUUUAGCCGGGGAAAGAUUCUCAACACUAGAAAAAUCAAUUGAUGAAUAUAUUAUUGACCAGAAAAACAAAAACACUCGUGCUAAAACCGACCGAGUCGUAAAGAUGCUUGUUGAGUUUUUGAGACAGAGAGACGAACUGUCUGAAAUCCCGAAGAACUGCAAGUCGAAGAACUAA